AAGGACAAGGACGGCGCAGCGCUCGCCUUCAAUGAACUACGUAAAGAAUCGCAAGAUCUAUACAACCGAAUUCAUUCUAUAGCAGAAGACGCUGCAUUCGUAGACCAAGUCCGCCGAUCUUACCCCAGUCUACCUCUCAUACCUAACAUGCGAUGCGGAGCAUGGUAUACAGACCCAGACACCGCAUCGGAAGAACGCGCAUAUUUCAAGUCCACCGAUGGACACACCGGAAAUUGGAGCUUCAACCUUCGAAGGCCGAAUUUGCACGUAUUGCCUCUGAUUUGCGCACACGCAGGACUGCUCUUGGUGGAUUCUACAAGAGCAGGCAAACGCAUGCCAGACGCGCUCUCUAAAACCGUUCCUAUCUGGUGUGCAGUCAUCAAUCGAGCCGUGCUCAAAACUACGCCCGAUAUCGAUGCGAGUAUUUGGAAUACGAAGUUGUACACUCCCCCUGGUGUGGUCAGCGCACAGGAGCAUGAUCAGAUCGAGAAGAAGUUGGAUGGGUGGGCGGAUGAUCUUGUUGCUUCGUUCUAUGUCCUCCCAAAGCUGCAAUACCCCCUCCGGCCGAUCUGGAUAACGCCCAGCACCACUAUAUUCCCACAAUUCCCCGAUGCUGAACGGCGGUUCUACCCUAUCAUAUGCAUAUCCGCGUCGAAGCAAGUCUUGGAUGGCAUAGAGAGACGCGUCACGGGUUUUGCGUAUAUCCAGGGAUCGGGGGAUGAUCACGAGUUGUGGAGUAUGGGACUCACCCCCACUCAGUUCUGGAACCACAAAUCAGAUAUCCUCCACGCCAACCGAAACGAACUACCAAACCUAGUCCGAACUCUCACAUCCUCUACAAACGGUUCCGACGCACGCACAAACUUAAAUUCACAUUUAAACGUGUCAUUCCAUCCUACCCCCAUACACCACGUCCGCGGUCGACUCUCGGUAUGCACCAACCACGACCUCCUCUCCUCCCCCAAGGCGCUGGACGAUGACGCAGUCGCAGUGGUCUGUCUAACCAGCGCCGAUCAUGCACUGCCCGCUUUCAAAGAUCGAGAUCAAGAUCACCCCCGCGUCCUAUGCAUCCAAACCCCCCAAGGCAAAAAAGGCCAACACCAUUUCCUCCACUCCGUCCUUCCCCAAGCCAUCCCCUUCAUCUCGCUCCACCUCAAGAACUUGCGCCGCGUCUGCGUCUCAUGCGAAAAAGGCACGGACAUGAGUAUCGGCGUCGCCUUGGUCGCUCUCACGAUGUUUUUUAAUGAGUCGGGGGAAUUUUGCGUGUCCCUGAUGUUGCAUUUUAAUAAAGCCAAAGACGACAUCAAAACCCGGCUACACUGGAUAAUCACAAGCUGUCCACAAGCAAACCCCUCACGCACAACUCUCAAACGCGUCAACGAAUUCCUCCUCUCCGCCCCC